CUAGCGUUUAGCGAAGUCCCUCUCGUUUCCUCUCCGUCAAUAUCAAUAUUUUAUAAACAUCUCUCUGCAACCGUCUCUCUUCCUUCUUCUUCUUCUAGGGUUUUCGUCUUCAUCGGAUUGAAGAAGCGAGGGAGAAGGGAGAAAGAACAGCCGCGAAAAUGACGGGCAAAGGCAUGACGAUGGUCUCAUCUAGAGAUGAUCAGAAGAACAAGGUUCCGCCAUGGUUGAGGCCGAUCGCGGACAUCGAGUUCUAUAGCCCGUGCGAGGCUCAUUCCUCCAAAGAGCGCAAUUUCUACUGUAGAGUCUGCAUGGUCGCUCUGUGCAAAGAGUGCAAGAAGCAACAUGAUCUUCCCGAGCACGAGAUCAUAAAGUCAUAUAAAGUUGCAAAAAAGGCGUCGUUCAGAAUGGAGGACUUGGAGCCGCUGUGGGAUACUUCCGAUAUCUGUCCAUACACUCAAAACGGGUGCCUCGUGGCGUUCAUAUACAAAAGGGGAGACGGGACCGCUCCCUCCCGCGGCCAGGGUGACCUCGAGGGGUGCGAGUCUUGCCGGUACCGGCUCAAGUCGCCGGACGCCAAGUUCUGCUCCGUGGAAUGCAAGGUUGAGGCCGCGAUGAAGAUGAACGGAAGUGGAAGUGUCCAGAACGAAGCGAAGAGGAAGGUGGCGACGAUAUCAGAGCCAGAGGGGAGUGCUAGCAAUGUGCAGUCGUUCAGGAAACGACCAAGAAAGCAGAAAAACCCGCAGAGAGCUCCAUUUUUCUAGCCCAAGAUCUUGGGUAAUUUGGCGAAAAACUUGGUGAAAAUCAGGGCGGGCUCCUUGGUUUUUGGUACAUCUUGAUCGAUUUUUCUGUAAAGUUUUUUGGUACAUUCUCGACAGGGUUCGUCGAAAUUACUGUGAGCUUCGUUAUCUUUCUGUUUCUUGAGAUCUGUUUUUCUGUACCGCGAUAUGAAGUAUAUUGAUGCAGCAAUCAUCUCUUUUUUCAGUUCUA